CGGCUCCGGUAGAGGCGCGUUAGCAUUAGCCGCUAAAGCUAGGCUAGGCUGUGUAACUUAGUUGUGUAGUGUCGCUGAGCGCUGCCCACAUGUACUCCGCUCCCUCCGUAGCUAAGCGCGAGUGCACGGAGCUGCGCGCGGGGAUCCCGGGAGAGCCGUACAGCGUCUCCGUGCUGAAGGAGGGAUACUGCACCGCGCAGCCGGACGGGACUUUCCGGGCUGACGGUACGAUCUCACUGAUUACCGGACCCCGCACCGUGCUGGUGGACACGGGCGGCCCGUGGGACCGGGAGCUGCUGAUCCGCAGGCUGGAGGAGAGGAGCCUCAGCCCGGCGGAUGUGUCCGUGGUGGUCGGUACUCACGGGCACUCGGAUCACAUCGGGAACCUGAACCUGUUCCCGGAGGCGACGGUAGUAGUGGGCUGUGAUAUCAGCCGGGGGGACACGUACCUGCCCAACCAGCUGGCAGAGGGCCAGCCCUACAUCAUCGAUGACCACCUGUCCGUCAUCCCCACGCCUGGCCACACCGGCAGGGACGUCAGCGUCCUGGUUAAAGGGACGUCAGCGGGGACGGUUCUGGUUGCGGGGGACUUGUUUGAGUGCUGUGAUGAUGAAGACUCCUGGAAGGACCUCAGUGAGAACCCCGAGCUGCAGGAGAUUGGCCGACAGAAAGCUCUGCAGGAAGCUGACGUCAUUAUUCCUGGACAUGGACCCCUGUUCAGAGUGCACCGGACCCCCCAGAGCUGACUGAGAGGAUGUGUAUUCAAAGCACUGGACUUAUUUUUUUAUCACCCAAUAAAUUACUAUUUUAAAACCUAA